CGCAUUCCUCGAUAAAUGAUCACCACGUACCAUAUAAUAUAUUUGUAUAUAUAUACGAGGGAAAGGCAAAAAUAUAACUCAGGCGUUUCAUUGUGAAGUGAGGGAGGUCUUGCUUUGGUUAAUACUCGAUUCUAACAGCUUUAACUCUGAGUUCAAGAAAAAUGGAAGGUGGAAGAGACAAGCAUGGUUACCAGUCUAGUGACAAAGGGCUGCAUUGUGCGGGAUACUGCCCUUCACAGGGAUAUCCCCCUCAAGGAUAUAUACCUCAAGUAUAUCCCUCAAGGGUAUCAAGGGUAUUCCCUACAAGCCUCCUACCCACCAGCUGGAUAUCCUCCUCCUCUGGUUGGAUACCAACCAGCAGGAUAUCCUCCCCCAGGUGGAUAUCCUCCGCCACCACUAGCCUAUCCUCCCCCACCCGCUUAUCCUGGUUCAUCAGUUCCAUAUCAAUCAGGGUACGGAUCGAUGGGAGGAUUGCUGUUAAGGGGUGCUGCUGCUGCUUAUGGUGCUCACCAGCUCUCCCACGGUGCUCAUCAUCAAGGAUAUGGGGGUUACUAUGGCUAUGGUCACGGAAAGAUUAAGCAUGGGAAAUUUGGCAAGCAUGGCAUGUAUGGGAAACAUAAGUUCAGGAAAUGGAAGUGAUGCAGAGUGUAUCGGUAGAUGCAAUGUUCAUGGGGAGCUCAAGGCUUGAAUGUUCUUAGCAAGCUUGGGGACAUUGUCCUUUAUAUUAGUAUAUGGUCUUUCUCAAAGUACCAUAAAUAAUCUUCUUUUAUGAAAAUGGCACGGCUACUGUUAGUAUAAUCGCUGUUGCUCUUGUUUCCUAAAUAGAUAUAUGCAAACGUCUCAUGAAUAAAAGAAGGCUGGAUUUGGAUUUUUUUCC